AUUUAACCGCUAAAAGCCAAUGUUUUCUAAUCUACCACGUAGAGACUCAACGUCCCUUGGUGUCAUUCGUCUAAAGAAUGCGUUAAGUGUUUGUUAUGAUGCGCAACCUGGAGGUGGCGGGGAGAGAGAGGAGUUGGCAGAUUGUUAAUAAGAAAAAAAGAAAGAAAGAAAGAAAGAAAGAAAGGAAGAAGUGAAGGAAGGAAAGAAAGAAAGAAGGAGCGGUUGAGGUAAAUGAUUGAGUCCGGAAUGUCGCUCGGCUAGCGGAAUAAAGGCAAAAAAAAAAAAGAAGAAAGAAGAGAGAAAAAGAAAAGUGAGAAAGAGAAAGUAAAAGAGAAACAAAAAGAAAGUAAGGAAGGUGCGUGUGUAUGUGUGUAUGUGUGCGUGUGUGCGCGUGUGUAUGUGUGUGUGUGUGUGUGUGUAUGUGCGUGGAGGGUGGAAGAAGGAAGGAUGGAAGGCUGAAGGUAAACACAGUGAUGAAAUUAUUGGAGAUACUUCAAUCUGGCUCCUGCUUUAAGAUUCGGAUUUAACGAUGAACUGCAACGAGGAGGAUGAUGAUGAAGAAGAGAGCGAAGAGGUGUGGAAUCAAGGCUGCACCAAGAUGGAAGACAUGACAUCCCCGCUUGUCAAAUGUGAAGAGGAAUAUCCGCGCUACACCGACGAUCAUCCAAUGGAUAUUCGAGCCAUUAACACGACAACAUUAGACGAUGAGUUGGAUUCGCCAUCUGACAUCAUACCAACUAACAGCGAUAACUCAUUGGCUCAUUGCGCUGGCGGACGUAGCGCCAUGGGUGCUGGCGGGAAGAGUUUUGCCAACCUCGGGUUUCGACUUCGAGAACGAAAACUAUUAAUUGAAAAGAAACGUUGGAUUGUUGAUUUGGAGGUUGGUCUAGCUCUGAUAGGUAUUCUGAUCAUGGUGGUCGACACUGAGCUGUACUUCCAGAGCUAUUACACUAUUGACUCUUUACCCUCUCAGUGGCUAAAACUGAUGGUAUCCAUUAGUACUGUAGUCCUUCUUUUCGUUGUCUGCAUGUACUACAUGGUGGACAUGCAGCUGCGUAUGGUCGAACUCGGUCUUCGUUCCUGGAGACUUGCCGUCAGCAAGGGGUUCGUGUUAAAACUCCUUAUUGAAAUAUUAAUAUGUUGUGUACAUCCGCUACCUAUUCAUAUCGGUACGUUGGAGUUGAAGGCUCCUGAGAAAGCUACUAGAGCAUCUCAUAUUGUUGAAGAUCCACUGGCAGCCGUCCUGUCCAUCCUGAUGUUCAUGAGACUAUAUUUAAUUGCUCGCUUCAUGGUAGUUCAUAGUAACGUGCUAAUUGACAGUGCAGUGCAGAGUCUGGGAACUCUCAGCAGGGUCAAUAUCAAUGCACAGUUUGUAUUUCGAGCCCUCAUGUCCACCUGUCCCGGUGGCGUAUUGGGAAUUAUAAUGGUCAGUGUAUUUUUGAUUGGUUCUUGGACAAUGCGUGCUUGUGAAACCCAUUCAGCGCCUGGCAGCGAUACACAUACAAUAUCACAGGCGAUGUGGCUAACAGCAGUCACUUUCCUCACGUUGGGUUACGGUGACUUAACACCAAGCAGUCGUUGUGGCCGGUUCAUUGCAAUAUGGACCGGGCUCAUGGGGGUUGGUAUCACAGCUCUUUGCGUUGCCGUCCUGGCACGAAAAUUAGAACAGACUCGGCCGGAAAAAUAUGUACACACAUUUCUACGGCGCAUGCGCCUCGAUCAACGACACAAAAAUGCAGCCUCAGACGUAUUGAAGCAAGCACUCAUGAUAUGGCGGUUGAAAAGAGCGGGCUUGCCAGAAUCCAACGCACAGAUUAUGCACCAUAGGCGGAAACUAAUUGAUGCCACUGCGAUCAUGCGAAGCGCCAAAGAAGUUAGCAGUAUGGUAAGAGAAAAUACAGUCGGCAUUAUCGAGGUGGCCAACAGUGUCAAUGAAAUCUAUAACUUAGUGAAAUCUAUCAAAGAUGAACAGAGAGUAAUACAGACACGACUAUCUUCUCUCGAAGUACACAUAAUGGGUGUGAACAAACAAUUACAAAUUAACAAAUCUUGAAUAUUAAGAGAAAAAAAUAAUAAUAAUAAUAAAAAGAGGAAAUAUACACUGUCAUUUAAAAAAUGCUGAUAUCGAGAUUAUUCUGCUUCAAAAUAUUAUAUCAAAUUGGAGCCAUUGCUAACAUUUUUUUUUCUUUUAUAUUACGUUACUCUUUAAAAUGUUAACGUGAUUUGUUAUUAUUUUUAUGGACCAAUAUUCCACUGUUAAAUGGCGUUAGCUACAACACACUCAUUUUAUAUUUCUGGUUUAUUAAUACUAUUUAAACAACAAUGUUUGCACGCAAAUCUGACGUUUCGGAUAAUCAUUAAUAAUUUAAAAUGAUAAUAAUUAUAAGAAGCAUCUCACGAUGAUCGUCAUCAUCAUGACAUAAUUACUGCUACCAUAAUAACGAUGCUAUAAUAAUAAUAAUAAUAAUAAUAAUAAUAAUAAUAAUAAUAAUAAUAAUAAUGAUGAUGAUGAUGAUGAUGAUGAUGAUGAUGGUGAAUAAUCUAUGUCAGCAUUUGAUGAUGACCGCAAAAUUAUGAGUCACACAAAACAACAAACAACUAAAUACAAUGAAAACUUAAGACACAACCCAACACGAAUGUGAUGCAUAUACUAAAUUUAGUCUAUUAUAAUUUCUUUUUAACUGACCAAUUUAAAACAUGUUAUCUCUUCAGAAAGAGAAAUCUUGUUGAACACUGAUUCCUAUUUGCCAAUAUAUAAACACGGAUUUCUAUUUUAUUUCCCUUAACUAAUAAUCUCAAGACAAACAUUUCUCUAAAACCUUCCAUUUCCUCUUUCAACCUCUAUAUCUCUCUUCUCUUUUUUGUAACUAUUAGCCUCUCUCUUUCAUUCUUUCUUUUUCUUUCUCUCUUUUUAUCCUCUUCUCCUUCUCUACCUUUCUCUCUCUUUCUCUCUCUCUCUCUCUCUCUCUCUCUCACUUCGUUUAUCUGUUAAUCUAUGAGUUUAUUUCUUUCUACCUAUCUUUCUAUUUAUCUGUUUGUCUGUCUAAAUAUCUGUCUGUCUAUUCUUUCUCUUCAUCUUUGUUUCAUUCUCCAUUCUUCUAUUUAUUUAUUUUUCUCUAUCUCU